AUGAAAUACUUCAUGAGUCAAGAAAGCAUUAUUCUUUCAAUUACUGAGGAAGGAUUAGCUCAGUCAGUAGAGCACCUGAUGAGUGCAGAGCGGGAGGUCGCGGAUUCGAUUCCCGGGGCCGGACAAAUACUCAAGGUCUUAAAAUAACUAAGAAAUGAGGGUACUUUCUUUGCCCUGCGAAGGGCUAGAACUUCGCGUGGCUCGGAUGACUCCGUAAAAUGGUUGUCCCGUCUUCAGAAGGAAACGUAAAAUAGUGACCUCAAUAAGUACUUUCGUGCUCAAUAUUUUGACACCCAUUAAAAGUACUUACAUUUAUCAUUUCCGCAGCUGUCUCAGAAAAACGAGGAAUCAUACUACCUCUAAACUGUUUUGACUACAACUUUAUAAAUGUUUGAGUUAAAUGUCAAAUUGUAAUUCCCUGUUACAGGAUUUCUUGAUCGCGAAACCACGCCCGAAUACUUUCUGAUGGUGAAGGCUGAAGAUGCUGGAACGCCCGUUCGAGCCUCGUCAACAAACGUCCACGUCAAAAUUGCAGACACCAACGACAACGUGCCGGAAUUUAGUGACGCGGAUCAUAAUUUUGUCGUCACGGAAAACCUGCCCGGGGGUACAUCGGUUGGUAAAGUUCAGGCCACGGACAAUGACAAUGGUACAAACGCGGAACUGGUGUAUUCAAUCAUGUCUGGCGAGAACAGCAAUCAUUUCUUCAUACAUCCACUUCAAGGGAUCUUGUACACAGCUGUGAUGUUAGAUAGGGAAUCUGUGAAGGAUUACAGGAUCAAAGUUAAAGUUUCAGACUCUGCUGCCUUUUCGUUGGAUCUUUCAAAUAUCACAACUGUUUAUAUAACAGUUUUGGAUCGGAACGACAAUAGCCCCAGGUUUGUGACAAACUGAAUAGGCUGUCUUUUAAGGUUCGGUGAAUCAAGCAAAAAAAAAAUUGCAAAACUAAUUUAUUUUUCUUUCUUAUUCAUUUGGAAUUGAAACGAUAAAUACGUUCAUACACUCCCGCAGUUCACCCGAAAACCAUACCCGAUUCCAGACCAAAAUGGGCAAAGUGUAUACCCGUUUUCAGACGAAAACGACGCAAAAACCCUACCCCAUGGGGCGGCACAUUCCUAUAUAGCUUGUCUAGGGGAUUACUGCGGCAGGAUUAGCUCAGUCAGUAGAGCAUAGCGUGUGUUACCACCAACGUCAAACCUGUCUCGCAACAAAUUAGGUCGUUAUAGGCUACAUGCGAAAAGUUGUUGAAGAAAGUAGAAAGUAACACGUAACAUCGCUUUUCAACACGUUUUGCAGCAAUGUUGCAAAACAAGUUGCACGUUUUUGUUGCCCGUUUAACAGUAGCUUUAAGAUACUCAGUUCCACAUUUUGUUUUUCAUUUAACUAUCCUAAGACGGGACCUUUCUCUUUCUCACCUAGGUUUGCCCUUCCAUUUUACAACGCUUCCGUUCGGGAAAAGACCGUAUCCGGGACUUCUGUUACCACGGUAACCGCUGACGACCCGGAUCGAGAUGCGAAUGCGGAGUUGACGUACAGCAUUACCCAUAGUUCCUCGACUGAGUACUUUGACAUCAACAGUGUUACA